AUGUCGUUUUGGGACAUAGGUAAUGCUUUUGGCGAAGAUUUGAACCAGUCAUACAUCUCCGAAAGCUUUUGGUUAUCCGGCGUUGAUCGAGCUUCUCUCACUUUGAUAGCUGUUGCAAUGAAGUUACAUGUGGAUCUAACCAGUCGGAUGCCUGGUGUUGUGGACCAACUAGCAAAGCUCGAAAGCAUGGUCUUUAUGUGCACCAUGAUGGCUAACUUAAUGCCUAGUUUGUAUUCCAUGGACAUCGAAGCGCUUUUGGCAAACAUCGCAGCUUUAGGUGUUCUGGUAACAACAUUGGUGCUCAAUGUCUGCAUCCAAAUAAAAACAGGUGUUGUUGUAUCCAAUGGAGGGGAUGCCACUAAGGUUCUACAAAUGAUCUCUACAAGAGAUUAUGUCUCAAAAGAUUUACUGGUUUCAAAUAAAAUUACCAGUUCCACAUUAGCCAUAAUUUAUUCGGCUCUGCUACUCUUGUUGUUAAUAAUGCAUGUAUCUUCAUGUUUAGCGGUUCUGUCUGCCAAAGCAGUUCUGAACUAUAAGUACCAACAAUGUCAUGAGAGAGCUUCAAAAGACAUUCAUGAAUUAAGAGGAGAAGUUUUAAUCGUUGAGAAGCUACAGAAGCAUGUGAUCAAGCACUGGAUCAUGGCAGGAAGUGGAUCCCCCCAAUACAUCACACCCUGCUUUGUGGCCACCACAGCAUCUGGGGUAAUAUGUGCUUUCACCACUAUCUUGCACACUCUUAGUAUGAAAUGGGCAAUUUCAGAUAUAAUGGGAGGUGACUAUUAUUCGGAUUAUAAGUGGACAACACUAUUGAUUCUCAUAAUACAGUUUAUUGGAGUCGUACUUACUACAGUAGUGUUGCCCAGAAUCUUAAAGAACAAUGAAUAUCACAAUGAACGAAUAAACAUAAACUAA